AAGCCGCGCAAACCGCCGGCCGCACAGCCAGCCCAGCCACCAAAGGAACACGUCGCUCUCUGUCUCUCCACCGCGCACCACGACGCACCGCCGCCGCGCGCCUAUUUCUAGCCCGCCUCCGCAUCAUUCUGGCCGCCACGGGACCCUCGACACACUUGUUCAAGAACACCCCUCCCUCACACCCCCUGUCCUGGAAGCAGAGACAAGCUCUCGCAGCCGACACGCAUGCUGACGCUGCACCCGAGGGUGGUGGCGGCGAGCGCGGCCGAGGACGACGGCGCCCACGGCGAGGGCCGCGCCUGCUACUGCGUCGUGGCGGCCUGCGUCUCGCUGCUGCUCUUCGUCGUGCUGGCCGCCGCGACGGGCAGCGUCGCCAGGGCCUGCGCCAUCACCGCCGCGGCCGCGCUCCUGCUAGGCCUCGCCGGCUGGGCCGCGACCGCGUGGGACGGCGCCCCGGCGGCGGCGGCGGCGGCGGCGCGGCUGCACCAGUCCGGAGCCGGCGGCAGCGCUCCGGCGGCGGCGGCGGUGAGGCUGGUGGUGCACCGCCGAUGCGCGUGCGGGCUGGCGGACGCGGCCAUCGGCGCGCUGCCGGCGUUCGCGUACGAGCCGCCGCCCGUCGCGGCGAAGGGCGGCGGCGACGACGACAAACCGCGCGGCGGCGGCUCCGUGCUGCUGUGCGCGGUGUGCCUGGAGGACGUGCGCGCCGGCGAGAUGGUGCGGCAGCUGCCGGCGUGCCGCCACCUCUUCCACGCCGACUGCGUCGACGCCUGGCUGCGCGCUCACCGGACCUGCCCGCUCUGCCGCUGCGACCUCUCCCCACGGAACCCCAUCGCCAAGGCCGCCGCGGCGGCCGCCGUCACAGUGGAGUCCUCGGCCGACGCCCUGCCGCCGGUUUGAGCAAUCCAUCGAUCAGCUCGCCGGAAUCUGGGCGGUGUAUUGUAUUCGGCACGCCUACUGUACAUUCUCGAUCUCUAACACAGCACAAAGCAGAUUAGAAUACAUUGAUGAAGUGGUCUAGCCUCCACUUUUGAUGAUGUGUAAUUCUUCAUUGCGACGCACGACCAAUCGAAAAUUCUGAUCUCCAAGGCGCGACGUGCGUCGCCGGAAAAUAUCUGCGAGAAUUCGAGUGGCUCCAGCUCUUGCCUGAUGCUUCCGGUCGCCAAAGAUAGGGAGCAUCCAGCCGAUGGAGACCCGUACCGGAUCGUACGGAUCGCGGAGCUCGACGUGCUUGACAUUGGCCGCUACCGGACAACCCCGUCGAUCACGGCAGCUGCAGCUCAGGUAGGCCAUGGGCGUGCGCCGGUGCAGAUGCUGUUGCGCCGGCCAAUUACGCUUCGCUUGGAGCGUAUGCAGCAAGAAGAAAGGUCCGUGUUUCCCAGGAAACCCAUCCAAGCUUUUGUCUGGGUUUGGGUGUGAUCAAGACAUCGUUUCAGUGAUGGCAUAUCUGUCUGUGCUGUUGAUCAGUCAAACUGACAUGGUGUGGUUUGGUUUCAGUGGCUAAA